GAAGCGAAGCCGCCGGUGUUGUUACUAAGGGGAAGAAGGUGGGGCUUAGGUGACGCAGGAGCCCGUUGGGCGCCGUCGCUGCCCGCAUGUGCGGCUUUCCUCUAGGAGCCUUCUUCUAUUAAAGGGGGAGACGGCGGCCUGGGUGGUCCUACGUGUGCGCGUGCGAGAAGGAGGAGGAGGAACCGGCAGCGCAUGCAUGACCAUGUGUUUUUUGCAAGCGUGUCAGUAGCUGCUUCUGCUGCCGCUGGGUCCUAGAGCGGUCUGACAGCUGGUGUGCGGGGGACCCUUCUGCGUUUGCCGCAUCGCCGGCUGCGGAGUCUUCGCCCAACUCUCGGGGACCCUUGGUGGCUGCUAUGCAGUGGAAUAGCGUGGACUCUGCUGGCAGAAGCUCUCGUCCUUUCCUUUCCAGUGCUGUACUCGUCGUCCUCCAUGAGUGCCCCGCCUGUGGCGGCAACAGCAGCAGCAGCAGCCCUGGGAAGGGUCAUGCCCACCGGGCCUCCUGAGCAUGCUGCCUUGGCGGCGGGUCCCCCUGUGAACGGAGCCGGCGGGCUUCCGGCAGCCCCUGCUGUCUUGCGCGCGCAGGGCACGGCGCCUCCAGUUUCCUGCCCGGUGACUCCCACGGGGAGCGCAGUGGUUACCCUGAACAUCACUGGCAUCAAAGCUCCCCUCAAGAUGACCCCUUCCAUCUCUCAGCAGCCCCGAGUUGUGUCUACUCCAGUGGGGACUUUAGUGGCCAAAGUGGCUCCCGGGAUUCCUGUCCAGCAACUCCCUAAGCCUUCCAGUGGGGGUGCUGGGUCGGCAGCCCCUCAUCCAGUAGCAGCCAAAGCCCCGCAAACGACUACCAUACAGUUGCCUGCAAACUUUCAGGUUCCGCAAGGAACAGUUCUUCUCAGAAGUAAUACUGGUCAGCUGAUGUUGGUGUCUCAACAAGCACUUGCUCAAGCCCAAAGCCAGACUCAAAAUAAUCCAAGUUUAAGACAGUCAAUACCUACAAAUGCAUCUACAGUCAAAACACAGAUUUUGCAGAAUUCUGGAACUCAGGUGUUCAAAGUACUAACUGCUCCUGUCAAAACAGUGUCUAAGACAUCUAAUUCUAUUGCCUCUGCUGCUAAGAAGCCUGCUGUAAUACAGUCAGUAGCAUCAACAGAUAGUAUUGCUACAGUUACAACUGUGAAGUCUUUGGUUACUGGACCAUCGUCUAAGCUUUCUGUUUCUGCAUCUGACACGGUUUCACUGUCGAUUGUUCAAAACCUAGUUCCUGAAAAAGAGGACACAACCAUAGUUCAGACCAGCACUUCUAUGGAAAUGCUUGAAAAUGUGAAAAAGUGCAAAAACUUCUUAGCAACACUAAUAAAAUUGGCAUCCAGUGGGCCUCAAGCACCUGAAAUGGGGCAGAACGUGAAGAAUCUCGUGCAAAGUCUGUUGGAAGCUAAAAUUGAACCAGAAGAAUUUACCAAAAAGCUGUACAUUGAGUUAAAGUCUUCUCCACAACCAUAUCUUGUCCCUUUUCUCAAGAAAAGUAUGAUUGCCUUACGACAGUUAAUGCCCAACACACAGAACUUUAUACAACAGUGUCUGCAACAGUCUGCAGUGCAAACAGCUCCUCCAGCAUGCAUUACUGCAAAAACUUCUUCAGUAGUAGCUACCAGCACUCCUGUGACUACAGCCUCCCUUCAAACUCCUAGAACUCCACUGGGGAUACCCUCCUCUCUGAUUUCGGGUCCAACCCCCUGUACAGCAUUGGUGACAAGAGGAUCUGGCUCCCUUCAGUUUGUUCAGCCUGCCCAUGCCUUGUCAGCAGGAACCCUUUCUCUUCACAGUCCAAAUCCUAUUCCCUCUACUCAACUGACGACGGCAACAACUAUAAACACUGUUAAGGCUGUGCAUCCAACCUCUUCCAUGCCAAUGGUGACCACUUCCUUUCAAGUUGCUAAACCAGUUCUUGUCCCAGCAGUGUCAUCAGAAGCGCACUCUGCUCUCAGUUCUGUGAAAUCAGCCGUGUCUGCCGUGGCAACAACUUCUUCUCUCCAAGCUGUAAAGCCGGUCUUGACUGCUGCUGCAGCACCUACCAAGGCAGUAACCACAUCCCUUCAGUCUGUAAUGCCAGUGACUGGAACUCCAAUCACUAUCCGAGUUGCCCAUCCCAAGUCCAUCCUUCCCCAGUCAGUUCGAACCUCACAGGGGGUGAAAGUAAAGCAGCUGAUAGUCCAGCAGCCAUCUGGAAGCAUCUUGAAAAAAGUAACCACCCCUCAACCGUCUUCAGCACUCCCUGUUGUGAACAAAUUGGCAGGAAAAACACCAUUCAGUGCUUUGAUCCGGGCUAACCAACUUCCUGCAGGUUCUAUUGUGAAACAAAUUACCCUGCCAGGAAACAAAAUUAUGUCGCUUCAAGCAUCUCCUGUGCAGAGAAGUAAAAUAAGAGAGAAUGGAACAUCAUCCUUCAGGGAUGAAGACGACAUCAAUGAUGUGACUUACAUGGCUGGGGUGAAUCUGAGCGAAGAGAAUGCAUGCAUUUUAGCAACCAAUUCUGAAACAGUUGGCACACUUAUUCAGUCUUGUCCAGAGGAACCUCUCCUUUCUUCAGAUGCCUUACAGAAGACGACUUUAGAAAUAGGUAAAAGGCAUGACAUUACGGAAGUUAAUUCGGAUGUUCUGAACUUGAUCUCCCAUGCUACGCAGGAACGAUUACGAGGGCUUCUGGAGAAACUCACUAUAAUUGCUCAGCAUCGUAUGAUGACCUAUAAGGAGAGCGACAAGUACAUAAUGUCUAGUGAUACUCGGGCUCAGCUUAGGUUUCUUGAGAAACUGGAUCAUAUGGAGAAGCAGAGGAAAGAUGAAGAAGAACGAGAAAUGUUGCUUCGAGCAGUCAAGAGCCGUUCCAACAAAGAAGAUCCAGAGCAGCUGCGAUUAAAGCAGAAAGCAAAAGAGAUGCAGCAGUUAGAACUUGCACAGAUGCAACAAAGGGAGGCUAAUCGUGCUGCUCUGGUAGCCAUUGGACCAAGAAAAAAGAGACCAUUGGAUUCUUCUAGUGUUUCUGCAGGACUAGAGGGCUUGAACAGAUCACCAAGCCUUGCAAAACCAUUUAUUCACCCAAGAAUAACACGCAUCUGUCUUAGGGACUUGAUAUUUUGUAUGGAACAAGAAAAGGAAAUGAAGCAUUCUCUAGUUCUGUACCAAGCUCUUUUGAAGUAAUCAGACUUCUGCAUUCAGCUUACCACCAUUCGCUGCCAAAGAACACUUGUUUGCACUGCCUUGGAAAACAGCCCAUUACAAAGAAACUGUUUACAGUUGUGAACAUCUAAUAAUCACCUGAAGGGUUUCAGUGGACAGCAGCUUAGAAUAAUUGGUCAGGUGGUCACUGAACACCUGCAUGGUGCCUGAAAGCACUGGAGAUGGAGAGCUUUAGGUGCCUGUUCUUCAUGCAAUGCUUGUGUCAGUAUUUCAGCCUGCAUUAUUGUUCCAUGACAAUUGUGCCUUCAAAUGCUGUAUUUAGGGAAGGAUGGCAUGAAGAAUGUAUUCAAUCACAAACCAGCAGACAAUGAAGCAUUGCCUUCUUGAGUCAGUCUCCUCUAGAUGCCCUAGUCCUAGAGCUUGAUGUCAUUGCUAUCUGGAUGAGAAGUCACUUGGGAGCAAGCUGAAGUGCCAGUAUGAGAUCUACAGCCAACAGCCUCCAAAGGAAGAUGGAGAAACUGCACUCUUGUGGUAUGGCUUGUGUUAUCAGUACUAGACAGAUAUGCAAGCAAACUAGAGCUGGUAAGUGUUGGGGUGAAUGAUCUUUUAAAAUAUUGGUUGCCUAAACCAGUUUAAAGGCAACCUAGUGAAGCAGAUGCCUGUUGAAACAUCUGCCUUAACACAGACAGAUGCUCCUUGAGUUUACAGCUUUAAAUUGGCCUGGUGCAUUGUUUUUGCAUCAGUUGAUUCUAAAGCAGGGAGUUAUCCUUGAAUGAGUGAAGUGAAAUGCUCCUUGCUUUUUUCUAAAGUGUAGCUUUGUCUGAUCUCCUCCUGUAAUCCAGGAGAAUAUACUUGAUGAUCAGGGACAUGCCUCUAAAAAUCUGCCUUCUGCAGAAAAAGGAUUUGAGGCAUUUGUGGAGAAGAGCACAAAACUGUUCAGGGAACUGAAGUGAUGGUUGAAUUCCAAAGUUAGCCUGCCUGUUAUGUAGAGCCCCAUGCAGCCAUUUUGCACUUUUCUACAAAUUCUACCCUAUCCUGUACAUCUAACACAAACUGUGUAACAUGGGUGAUGACAGAGUGUGUAGGGAAGACAGCAACUGAAUGUCUUCAUGAUUAAAGUCCUAAAAAACAACACUGAAGGUUCUUAAGGCUUUUUGGUAUACCAUUGUGCAAAAUGGGUGGGGCAUAUAGGUGGGGGAAACACCUAGUCCUGAGGCCAGAAUCAUUGCAGUAUAUUGGGAGUUUCUAACCUAGUCAUGAUUUUCUUGUUACAAAAUUGUGAACUAAGUUAGCUAAACCAAUGCAGUAAAUUAUUUAUAUGUGAGAUGUAUGUAUAAUAUAUAGCAGUACUCUUGACUGUGAAGCAGUAAGUUGCAAGAUAUGUCGUCAGACAAAAAUGUUUUGGAUAAUAAAUGCUUAUCUUUACUUUUUAUGUAAGGAGCAGCAUUUUCUCCUCUUUGUGUGUACGGUCUUACUGACAGAUGUUUAAAAUUAUUUUAAAUACUGUAUUAAAGUAACUAUUUUAUUAAAAAUAA